CGGCUGCUGCUGCUUUCAGCUUGCUCUGCAUAGCAAAGAGCUGCUCCAGGACAGCAUCAGUGCUGGGAGCUGGCAAAGCAGCUGCACUGGCAGUCACACAGGGGAUAAUUCAGGUAGUGCCGUCACCUCGGUAUGUCAUGACAUGAGAGGGAUUUGCACUGAGGCUUUCUGAGAUGAUGAAGGAAUCUCCAAGUCUGUCCCAGCAGAAAUAUCUCUGUGCAAUACUGGAAGGUUCAUCAAAAGCAGUAUUCUCAAAUGGAUGUGUAAGUGGGGGUGCUCUUUGAAUUCGUCGGAGGUUGGAAUUCACUUCCCUUCUGUACAUUUUUUCUAAUGCUCAGGUUUCCCAUGGAUAAAUGGAUAUGCUUUCAGAACCUUAGUGAAAUACCAGAAUAUCUGGGAGGGAAAAGAAUUAAUCUUUUGGAGUAGGGGAGCAUUUCACAUUAUCAGAAGGCUCUGUCACAACUCUCUUUCACCUCUAAACUAAUUGUUCUCUUUCCAUUAGUAACCUCUCAGGCAUACAGAAGAACAAAUGCUCGAAUUUAACAAUGCUGCACGUACUGGAGAGAGACACUCUAAAGGCUGAGCUCCACAUGAGGCUUUUUUCUACAGACGUCCGCUAGACUCCCCGUUUCCUUAGGGGACAGGAGCCUUUCAGCAACUUCAGGAACUCAUUGCAAUGAGCAAGUUCAGCAGAGUCCACAGUCAGGGCAUGGGAUACGCAAGAGAAUCUGGUUCUCUAAUGCUCAUAUCACGUCCGUUUUCAUUUCCAAGGGAAAAACAAGGAAAAGGGAAACGUGCAGAGCACGCAAUGACACCAAUGUAGCAGUAGGUGAUAAGUAAGAGAAGGAGGGAGCUCAGAGCUCUCCAGGUUAUUAUUAAUGGAUCAUUAGGAAAUUUGUUUGAAGUGUCUCUGGCUGAGCUUUGUCAGAGAUAAAAAGGGACAAGAAGAACAGGAGGAAAAUGGUGGUUUCAGGGGGUCUUGUGGGGUUAGGCAGCACUCAUCAAGGAAUACCUAUGAAGCUGUGAAUUCUCCAGCAUUAGGGUUCUCGAAAAGACAUCUCAAAGUGUCCUCUGUGGAGCUCUGUGUGAGCCUUUCUGUGCAGAGGCUUGGACCAUUUUACCCCAAAAGAGGUCCCUUGCAAGGAAAACCAUGAUGUGACUGCAUAAUCUGAGAUAUGCAGAGAGGAUAAGAGGAACGACCAAGCCAUCAAAGGAGACGUGAAAGUGAGAGAUUAGAAUCUUCUAGGAGUUUCCAGGAUGAUUCGGAGAAAAGGCAGUCAGAUGUGCUGAAGAAGUGGUGAAUGCAGACACAGAGACGCAAUCAGGUGCAUCCAGGCCCGACAAAGAGCUGGGGAUGAUGAGAGAGGGAACACAAGGUGCAGGAAAGGAGAAUCUGCAGUGAUGUGAGCCUGGGGUCAGCAAGGAGGGUUGCAGGUUUUUCUUCCCAGCACUAAUGUAGAAUCCUCCUCUGCCUGCAGAUGUCAGAUUGUCUUAUCUCUCCUCUGAAGCCUAAGAAGGCACAACCAUGGAAGAACUCAUUAGCAGGGCAAGCUUGAUCCUGAUCUUUCACCUGGAAAAUCUGUGACAACCUCAGGACCUUCAGUUUCUAUAGAAACCUCCUUCUAAACCAUGGAGUGGUGCAACACCUGCAUGAGAAUGUUCCUAUUACAAUCAUUAUCAUUACCUGCAUCAUUGGUCACAACAGUCCAGAUAGUUUUGUAUGAAAAACCCGUUUAAGAGGAAAACAGAAUGACCAGUAUGGGAUCCCUCUGGAGUUAAUAUGGAAAAGAGGGUGGGAGAGGGAGGCAUUUGUCCCAGGAAGAUGAAGAAGAGCAGGGCAGAAGAGGCACAGACGGAGGAGUACGCUGUUCCCAGAGGAAAUUGCAACGAGCCCAGACAGUGGUGAAAGCUCAGUGGGGAAGAAACCGCUGAGCUCGCCAAUGGGCAGCACGGGGUGUGCAGCAGAGCUGGCGAUUGCAGCUGCGGAGGUGAGGAGUGCAGUGCGAGCUGAGCGGGAAGAGCCCCUUGCCAUGGCUGAGGCCGCAGAGGCACGGAAUGCUCCGAAUGCCAGUGGCUGAGGGAGCCACGGCGGCUGCUGCUGGACGAGCGAGAAACGCAGCAGGAGCAUUUCAGGCACGGCAAGGACAGGCCAUUGCUCUGCCUGCUGCCGCUGCUGCUCCCGCUGCUCCCGCACACAGUCGUUUCCGGCACCUCUGUUCUCUCGCCGCUGCGACGUGCUUUCUGCCUCUUCCUCACUCAGCAAACACGCAGCUUGCUCUCGCCAUGCACCUCGCACAUCUCAUCCUCACCGUCUUCCUGGCACAGCUCCUGGGCACCACGGGGCAGAUCACGGUCACCCAGGAAGAUGCACAAGUCACAGUGAAGCAGGGACACCCCUUCCACACCACCUGCAAAUACCAGAGCAGUAACUUUUAUGGCUUGCAGUGGUACCAAGUGCGGAAAGGCCAAUCCCCCCAGCUGGUUUCCUAUCAAUCAGUGACUGGCCCCAGGCACAGCGGCCGGAUCACCACGCACCUCAACACCACGGGCAAAUACAGUGUCCUGAAGGUGGAGGAAGUGCAGGUGUCUGACAGUGCCUUGUACCUGUGUGCUGUGCAAGACACCCUGGUGCAGGGAGCUUGCUCGGCUGUGCAAAAACCCAGGGGAGGGAGGGGAUGGGUCAGUGCAAGGCUGAUGUUUUUAAAGGGACGCAGAUCUCGCCCCAGCGCUCACCAGUACUUGUGUCCUGUGUGUGUACAAUGGUCUGGUGUUUUUCAUUACGUCCAUCCUUCCAAUUCCGUUGAGAAAAUAUUGUGGAAAAUUUUGACUCAUUUCCACAUUCUACAGUGUCUACGUAAAAAAAAAUAUCCCCUGGGCAUGCCUGGGACCUUGUCCUUCCACACUGCAGCUCUGCUGCUUUUGGCCCCCCAGGUUCACAGCAAAGCCCAGGGCUGCUUCUUUGUUCCUGCCCUGGCUGCUCUUGCAGCAGCCCCGUUUGCACAGACACACGUGAAGCACAGAUUUGUGGAUGGCUCCACUCUGGUGUGCACGAGCCUGUGUCUGUGCGUGUGUGUCCCUCAUCGGGAGAGAAUUCCCUGACUAUGCCAGGGACACCGAGCACUGCUCUGGCCCUGCACAGCACAGAGCAGCAGCUUGCCAGGCUCAGAAGGAGCCCGAAUGCAGCUGAGUGCUGCCGGCAGCUGCUGGCUAGAGAUGUGUGCAGUGAAGAGGCGCUGAAAUGCAGCCCCUGUGUCCCGAAUCCUCGCUUUCCUUCCUCUCCAAAGCUCACGCUCGGCUACUGUGGAUGGAUGUGCUUGCGAGGCAAUG